AUGCACCCGCUCCCGCGCGUCAACGCCUGCGCCUGGCCGCCUCCUUCUGGCCAACUGCGCCCUGCGCGCGCCCGCUGGCGGGUAGCUACGACCCCGCUACGCUGUCGCCGCCCCACGUCCCGCCCGACACGGUCGCCCGACACUCACGCCCGCGCGCACCGGCCCCUGCUUCUACCCACCUCCGAAGCCGCCUGUGGCCUCCCGCUGCUGCAGCCCCACCGCGGCUCGCUCCCCUACCCGCGUCCACUCCCCGCGCUGCUCCCGCCCGCGCCCCGGCCCUGGCUCGCUAGCCCUGCCGUGCGCUCGGCCUCGCCCCACCCGAGCUCGUCGCCGGCGCCGGGCCACGGCCUCGCCCCGCACCUGUGCGGGCUGCCGGCGCCCCGCCGUGCCCUGGUGGCCAUCGCCGGCCACGGCCUCGCCCGUGUGUUUGGGCGGGCGCCCACGCCCUCUUGCCCGAUAGGCAGCGCCUGCUAUGGCCUCUGGCCCAAUGCCAGGUGGGCCCCAGCCCUGUAA